GAGCUUUGCCCCUGACUCAUUCCGGGCGUGGAUCAGCAUCCGGCGGCUCUUCGAAGGAAGGGGUGUCUCCGUAGGGUCAUGGAGAUUCAAAAUCGAAAAGGGAAUGUCAAAAUGAGUAUAUAUAUCUUGCUCGAGGACCUCAUCCUUCUUCAUCUUGUUCAUCUCAUCACCCAGAUCUCAUCAUCCAGAACAGAGUCAAGUCACCACUCAAUUCUUACCUACCUAAACAUCGCACCUUACAACAUUCAAAAUGAAGGGAUUCGUUGCUUUCUUCCUCCUCGGCCUCGCCAUCGCCGCGCCUGUCGCUGAACCUCAGGAAUCAGAUCUCCCCUCUGGCCUCCCCUCUGACCUCCCCUCUGGCUUCCCCUCCGGUUUCCCCUCCGGUCUACCUUCCGGCCUACCUUCUUUCUCUGGAUCUGACUUCCCUCAGCCUACCGGCUUCCCUAGCGGUUUCCCAACUGGCUUCCCCAGUGGCUUCCCAAGUGGUUUCCCUGGUGCCUCUGGCCGUCCUCGCCCUACUGGUCGGCCUAGCCACUCUGGUGGUCCGCGUCCCACCGGAGGCCCACGUCCCACUGGCGUCCCUACCGGUGCUCCCAGCGGUUUCCCUACCGGCAGCGACUUCCCCGUCCCUACCAGCUCUGCUUAAAUAUGCUCCGUGCAUAAAGUGUACACUAGGUUCUUAGCGGCCCGAUAGGGGUGAUGUUGCAAGAAUCGCCCGCAUUGAUGAAAUGAGUUCGGGGAUUAUGUUCAUACAAGGGCCGAAAGGAUUCAAAAAAAAAAACUAGGAUUGGACGGAAU